AUGGCGGCCCCGAACCUGUCGGUGAGCUGCGGGUACACCGGGAGCGCGGCCCCCUUCACGGCCGUCUACACGCUGGCGUUCCUCCUGGGCCUGGGGGGCACCCUGACGGCCCUGUGGGGGUUCACCUGCGGCCGCGGCCCACGGCGGAGCAUGGACGUCUACCUGCUGAACCUGCUGGUGUCCGACGUCCUCCUCACGCUCGCGCUGCCCUUCAGGAUCGCCACGGGGCUGGACGCGGCGCCCUGGGGCCUGCGCGUCUUCCACUGCCAGGCCUCGGCCGUCCUGGUCUACAUCAACCUCUACGCCUCCAUCGUGUUCCUCGCCCUGGUGAGCGUGGACCGCUACCUGCAGAUCGCGCGCAGCCCACGGCUGCGCUGGGCGCGGGAGGCGGGCCUGGCCCGCGUCAUGUCGGCGCUGACCUGGGCGCUGGUGCUGUUCCUCAUGGUGCCCAACAUGGCCAUCCCCGUCCGGACGCUCCCGGAGCGGAGGGUGCUGCGCUGCGCCGACCUGAAGCAGGAGGCGGGGCUGCGCUGGCACAAGCUGGCCACCUUCAUCGCCACCGCCGUCUUCCUCAACGCCUCGGUGGCCGUGCUGGCCGCCAACGGCCUGGCGCUCCGGCGGCUGUGGGCCAGCCGUCGCCUCGGCGACUACGGCGGCGGCGGCCGGGCGGACGGGCGGCCGGUCGCCCGGCGCACCGCCCGGCACAUCGCCGUGGUGACGCUGGCCUACGUGGUGUGCUUCGUGCCCUACCACGCGGUGCGGCCGCCCUACACCCUCUCCCAGGGCCGGCCCGUCGCCAACUGCCGCCAGUGGAGCCUCUACCUGGCCAAGGAGUGCACCCUGCUGCUGGCCGUCCUGCACCUGUGCGUCAACCCCUUCCUCUACUUCCACUUCUCCCGCUCCUUCCGCCUCAGGCUCACCGAGGCCUUCCGGCCCAAGGGAAAGGUCUCGACUCCUGCCCAGGACCUGGAGCCAUCCCCACAGCCUUAAGCCCCCUCUAUGGGCCCUGUGAGUUCCGCUGAUGCUCCUUGAGGCCCCCUGGAGGUCCUCUUGAGUCCCACUGAGGCACCUAGGGGGCCCCUGAGGUUCCUUGAGGCCCCCUGGAGGUCCUCUUGAGUCCCACUGAGGCUCAUAGGGGGCCCCUAGGGUUCCUUGAGGUCCCCUGGAGGUCCUCUUGAGUCCCACUGAGGCUCCUAGGGGGCCCCUGAGGUUCGUUGAGGUCCCCUGGAGGUCCUCUUGAGUCCCACUGAGGGUCCUUGAGGUCCCUUGAUUCCCCCACGCUACGCUGUGAGACCCAUAUGAAAAAUGCACAUUCAAAGCAAUAGGGCUCAGCCCAGCCCAGUCACCAGACCUGGAUGAAAGAUGUAUUGGAACUACAUACUUGAGAUGUUGGUAUAAGGCACACAUCCCAAAGUAACGAUGAAAUGGUUCUGUUAUUUUUUGUCCUGAAUACUGCUUAAAAAAGAUGUGGAUAUUAUUGCCAGUUAUCAGAAUGACUUUUUCAAAUGUAUUCUAAAUAUCUCCUCGUAGGAUCAAGAUAAGGCAGUCCAGUAAAGAGACUGUUUGCUGGAAAAGUCACACAGCCCACUCCCCGAAUGGUGGAAACUCUCGUAUCUUUCUGUUGGACCACAUCAAAUGCCUUUUCUGCUUAUGGCUUCAUUACAAACCUAAACCUUUAACAGAAAUGCUUUGUGUCGGCCCAAGAGACUUGGGGUUUUGAACAUUCUCGUAUCUGCGUCAUUGUGCUCCUGACAUACUUCCCCCAGCCUUAACAUCUGUUCUUUCGGCCUCAGUCCGAGGAAGCCAGCUUUGAAAGGUACUUUCUGGCUUUGCGGUGUUUGCUGUUAAGAAAAAAACAGUCACACUUUACAAUAAGGUUCAUGAGUUGGCAUCCGCUAAUGUAGUUGUUCAUGAAUGAAUGAUGGACAAAUUCACGAAUUAAGCGUGAAACUAACUUCAUUAGUUAAUGCAUUUGUUAACAACUAACUAAUGUAUUUGUACAUGUAUAUUUAUACAUUAGCAAAGCAUAGGAUGAACCUAUAAUUAGUUAAUCAUUAACAAAUACAUUAACAGAUUUUUUCAUUCCAAUAUGAAUUGGCAAUAACUAAUGUUGUUGUUAAAAUGAAUCAACAAAUACAUGAACAGGGCUGUACAGUUAGUUAACAACUACAUUAGUUCAUGCCAAUUCUUGGAAUAUUAUUGUAAAGUGUGACCAAAAAAACCAUCACAAUGCACGGGUACUGGAACCCACAGCCCCCUUUUGAAUCAACACAGUUCUUGUUUUAGGUGUUUUUCCAAUUACAUCAAAUGUACUGUUGCUUGGUAGGACCGGACCUCCAUGAUACUUGAACGAUGAAAUAAAAAGGCUCAUUUUGUCAA